ACCCCCACACCUCCACACACAGACACAUAUAUACUCUCUCCCCUCGCUUUCAAUCUCUCUCCCUCUCUCUAGGCUCUAGCUCGCUCCCACCAGAAAAAUGGGUUCUUGCCCGAAAACCGCUUCUGGUUUCCAGCAAACCCUAUUCAUCGACGAAACUCUCUUCUUGUAAAACAGACACAAGUAGAAACUCGAAACGAUUCGUUUUUUUUUUCCUUACAUUUUUUUUCGUCCUCUAUCUAUUCAAAUGGCAGCCACUUCAUUGGUUCUAAUCUUUUUCUUCUCGAUCCUUCUGUUGACUCAUCCAGUCAACUCAGAGUCACCCCAAGAGAAACAAGCACUCCUCACCUUCCUCCAACAGAUCCCUCACGAGAACCGCCUCCAAUGGAACGAGUCAGACUCUGCCUGCAACUGGGUCGGAGUCGAAUGCAACUCGGACCGCACCUCCGUCCACUCUCUCCGCUUACCGGGAACCGGUUUAGUCGGCCAGAUCCCAUCCGGAUCCUUAGGCCAACUAAACCAACUACGAGUCCUCAGCCUCCGCUCCAACCGUCUCUCCGGUCAGAUCCCUCAAGACUUUCAAAAUCUCACUCACCUCCGGAGCUUAUACCUACAGAACAACGCAUUCUCCGGCGAGUUCCCCGCCGCCGUCACGCAGUUAACCGGACUGGUUCGCCUCGACAUCUCUUCCAACGACUUCACAGGACCGAUCCCUUUCUCGGUUAACAACCUCACUCACUUGACUGGUCUCUUCCUCGGUAACAACCGUUUCUCGGGUAGCCUCCCGAGCGUAACCGUCGAUUUAACGGACUUCAACGUCUCCGUUAACGAACUUAACGGAUCGAUUCCGUCGUCGUUAUCCAAAUUUCCCGCCGCGUCGUUCGCGGGAAACGUGGAUCUCUGCGGAGGGCCGUUAAAGCCUUGCAAAUCCUUCUUCGUCUCUCCGUCUCCGUCUCCGUCGGGUUCCGAUGGUCCGUUCUCCCGGAAGAAGAAGUCUAAGCUCUCCACGGCGGCGAUUAUCGCGAUCUCCGUCGCGAGCGCGGUGGUGGCGGCUCUUCUCUUAGCUCUCCUCUUGUUCCUCUGCUUGAGGAAACGAGGAGGAAGCAAAGAAGGUGGAACGAAAGCUCCGGAGACAACGACGAGAAGCGUCCCUGAAUCAAUGCCGCCUGCGGCGGCGGCGGCGGGGGGUGGUUCGUCGUCGAAGGACGUUACGGGGACGUCGUCGGGGAUGGGGGGAGAGAGGGAGAGGAACAAGCUUGUAUUCACGGAAGGGGGAGUGUUUAGUUUCGAUUUGGAGGAUUUGUUGAGAGCUUCGGCGGAGGUUUUGGGCAAAGGAAGUGUUGGGACGUCAUAUAAGGCGGUGUUGGAGGAAGGUACGACGGUGGUUGUGAAAAGAUUGAAGGACGUGGCGGCGAGCAAGAAAGAGUUUGAGACGCAGAUGGAGGUUGUUGGUAGAAUCAAGCACCCGAACGUUGUUCCGUUGAGAGCUUAUUAUUACUCCAAAGAUGAGAAGCUUCUCGUCUUCGAUUUCAUGCCCAAUGGGAGCUUGUCUGCUCUUCUCCACGGGAGCCGUGGCUCGGGGCGAACACCGUUAGAUUGGGAUAACCGUAUGAGAAUAGCAAUAACAGCGGCAAGAGGUUUGACUCAUCUUCAUGUUUCAGCCAAAUUGGUGCAUGGAAACAUCAAAGCCUCAAACAUACUCCUACACCCAAACCAAGACACAUGCGUCUCUGACUAUGGACUUAAUCAACUCUUCAGCAACUCUACUCCCCCAAACCGUUUGGCGGGUUACCAUGCUCCCGAAGUUCUCGAGACUCGGAAAGUAACUUUCAAAUCCGACGUGUACAGUUUUGGGGUGUUACUGCUUGAGCUGUUGACCGGUAAAUCGCCAAACCAGGCAUCGCUUGGCGAAGAAGGAAUUGAUCUACCUCGUUGGGUGCUUUCCGUGGUUAGAGAGGAAUGGACCGCUGAAGUUUUCGACGUUGAGCUGAUGCGAUACCACAACAUAGAGGAAGAGAUGGUUCAGCUUCUUCAAAUCGCAAUGGCGUGCGUCUCUACGGUUCCUGAUCAACGACCAGUGAUGCAAGAAGUGCUGAGAAUGAUCGAGGAUGUGAACAGAAGUGAGACUACCGAUGACGGGUUAAGACAAUCGUCUGAUGACCCGUCAAAAGGAUCGGAGGGUCAGACUCCUCCAGGGGAGUCAAGGACGCCGCCACGUUCUGUCACGCCUUAGUAAAUUAAAGCAGCUUUAGUUUUUUCGUGUGUGUUCACUUUCUCCUUAAAAGGAGAUGAAGAAAAAUGAGGUUUAGUGUGUGAGGGUCUUUGUUGGGUUACGGUAAAGCGAAAAAGACAAAGACUAUUCUGGCAUUUGGACCAAUUUCUAAAAGAUGGCAUCUCCCAUCUAUUUUUUCUUAUUUGAAUAUUGUGUUUACAGGUUUAAAUCAAAGUUCAGUUUACACCA